GUCAGAGCCCAAAAGGCGUAAAAGCCUACAACAGGCCAUCCCCUGGGCGGCACCGCUCGCAGUGAACGCUGCCUACUGCUUCCGCAGAGCGAAUCAGGAAAAUAUGUUUGGUGGUCAGCUGGCAUCAUCAUCCAAAUUCGUGGUUUCUACUAUGCGUUUCCCAUUCUGGGACAAUCAAAGCCUCACAAAACACCUCCAUUAUUUCCCAUUCGGUGGGGACCUGAAUCAAGGGAUCUCCAACACAUAGACGAGCUUCGUUGUUUGUUUGUCCAUGGUUUCCCCUUCAUUUCUUUCCAAGCUCCAGCAAUUACCUUUCCUGCUUCCCUUCCCAUAUCUCGUAAUCCUGUCCGCCAUUUCCGAAAACAUUAAUCGGGUUUGUUAUCCGUCAGUUUCCACUUAGUCGCCUCAGUCCUUCGAGGCCUCCAAGUAUUACUGGUACUCAGAGGCAAAUUGUCAAACAGUUGGUCACUUACCAUGGAGAGCUCAGUUCUUCUUCAUUGUGCGAUUCUCGGGCGACCCAGGUUACCUGUCUUUCCUCAUCGGCGGAGGAACCUUCAUGGUUCUACGGGUUUGAACUGUUCGACAUUUGGGCACGCGAAAGUUGUGCAUAGAGAUGUUGCCGGGGCGUCUUUAUACUGUGCGAGACUGAAGAAGGGAUGGGGAGAAACACGGCUGCAAAGGAUCAAGAGUCUGAAGGCAAAAGGUAUGGGUUCUGGGGAAAGACCGGAAGGCGAGGAUCUCGAUAAGCAGGAAGAUACCCUUCAGGCCACGAUUGAAAAAAGCAAGAAGGUUCUCGCUAUGCAAACAAACUUACUGCAGCAGAUUGCUGAAAGAAGGAAACUAGUUUCAUCUAUCAGAAGUAGUACUAUUGAACCUGAAAGUGGUGAGGUUCCUUACAAAGAGAGGAUGAGCUCUUUUCCAGGUGAAGAUACUCCUUCAGAUGCCAGUGAGGAUGCUAAUGAGGAUUAUGCUGGUACUGUUUUAUCUAGCAGCAAGGUUAACUUGACAGUAAAUGAUUCACGGUUAACCCUACCUCCUGGUACUAGUGAAGUUACAAAACAACCUGAAAAGAAUGUGUCUCAUGGAAGAACAUCACUGGAUGUGGAUUCCCACAGACAGUUUAAAGACAGAACUUCAGAAACAGUUUGGUCUGAUGAGCUGCCUUCCUUUCUUUCAUCUACAACAUCUACUCUAAAAGAUGAAGAGGAUGAAGAUUUGCAAGAAUCAAGUUUAAAGGAUGUGAAUGAUGAAACAGAUAUGCCUAUGAGUGAAGACGAGAAGCCCCCUCCUUUGGCUGGGGCCAAUGUUAUGAAUGUGAUAUUAGUAGCUGCAGAAUGUGCUCCUUGGUCGAAAACAGGUGGGCUUGGUGAUGUUGCUGGAGCUUUACCGAAGGCACUGGCUCGGCGUGGACACAGGGUUAUGGUUGUGGCACCUCGAUAUGGUAAUUAUGCUGAACCCCAAGAUACCGGUGUUAGGAAAAUGUAUAAAGUUGACGGACAGGAUCUGGAGGUGUUAUACUUCCAAGCUUUUAUUGAUGGUGUAGAUUUUGUUUUUAUUGACAGUCCUAUGUUUCGGCAUAUAGAAAAUAACAUAUAUGGAGGAAAGCGUGAGGAUAUUUUGAAACGCAUGGUCUUGUUUUGCAAAGCAGCUAUUGAGGUUCCUUGGUAUGUUCCAUGUGGAGGGGUCUGCUAUGGGGAUGGAAAUUUGGUUUUUGUUGCCAAUGAUUGGCACACUGCAUUAUUACCAGUUUAUUUAAAGGCAUAUUAUCGUGAUCAUGGAUUAAUGAAAUAUACGAGGUCCAUCCUUGUGAUUCAUAAUAUAGCUCACCAGGGUCGUGGUCCCGUGGAUGAUUUUUCUUAUGUGCAUCUUCCUGAAAACUACUUGGACCUUUUUAAAAUGUAUGAUCCUGUGGGAGGUGAGCACUUCAAUAUCUUUGCAGCUGGUCUAAAGACAGCAGAUCGUGUUGUUACAGUGAGUCACGGAUAUUCCUGGGAGUUGAGAACUCCUGAAGGUGGUUGGGGUCUGCAUGGGAUAAUUAAUGAGAAUGACUGGAAACUGAAGGGGAUUGUCAAUGGCAUCGAUGCAAAAGAGUGGAACCCACAGUUUGAUGUUCACCUAAAAUCUGAUGGUUACACUAACUAUUCCCUAGAGACCCUUCAGGAAGGCAAGGCACAAUGCAAGAAAGCAUUACAGAAAGAACUUGGUUUACCUAUUCGUGAUGAUGUCCCAUUAAUUGGUUUCAUAGGGAGGCUGGAUCACCAAAAAGGUGUUGAUCUAAUAGCAGAGGCAGUUCCUUGGCUGAUGGGCCAGGAUGUGCAAUUGGUCAUGUUGGGCACAGGGAGGCCUGACCUGGAACAGAUGCUCAGGCAAUUCGAGGCUCAAUACAAUGACAAAAUUCGAGGAUGGGUUGGAUUCUCAGUGAAGACAGCUCACCGGAUAACUGCUGGUUCUGAUAUUCUACUGAUGCCUUCGAGAUUUGAGCCUUGUGGACUGAACCAGCUCUACGCAAUGAGCUAUGGGACUGUUCCAGUUGUUCAUGCUGUGGGUGGCCUCCGAGAUACUGUGCAGCCUUUUGAUCCUUAUAAUGAGUCAGGGUUUGGGUGGACAUUUGAUAGGGCUGAGUCUGGUAAGCUAAUCCAUGCAUUGGGGAACUGCUUGCUAACAUAUAGGGAGUAUAAGAAGAGUUGGGAAGGAAUCCAGAGGCGUGGAAUGAUGCAAGACCUUAGCUGGGACCAUGCUGCUGAGAAAUAUGAAGAAGUCCUUGUAGCUGCUAAGUACCAAUGGUGAGCAUCCAAUAUGUAUGAUUCUGUCUCUGGUGUCACUAGCUGCAUAGGUUGUUAUUUCAGAGUAAAUACAUGUUGGGUUGGGUGAGUUCUCCUGCCAAGGAAAGAAGAAACUAUUGUAAUUGCUGGGUUUAUAUAUGUACAUGAAUCAAGAAGCUGCUUUCUUGGUUUUCUCCAGCCUAGUAAUUCAUGCUGAACUCCUCUAUAUCCAUUUUCUAGUCCAGUGACUAUAUAUAUGGGAGUGUAUCAGAAAUAAGAUCGGUCACAAUUCUCCUGUUGUUUCUUGCUCUGCUUAUGACAAUAGAGAGAUCAUGUAGAGUGAUCUUCCGCAUUUUCUAGUUGUUUCUUGGUAAAAUUGUAUCUUUGGAACUUUGCUGCUAUUCUGAUAUCAACUGAAAUUGUCACCUUAUUUCCGUGAGUCCUGCCUCCAUGUUUGCAUCUCUUUGACCUUCUUGACAUGCAAUGCAAUGCAAAUUUUCAUUUAUUUAUUUA